AUGGGUGUUAAACGUCUAAACUCAUUAUUAAAACGUUACGCUCCCGAUUCAAUAGCCCAAAAAACCCUUGACCAGUACAAACACAAGAGAUUGGCAAUAGACGGUAGUAUUUAUCUUCGAAAAUUUGUUUAUGGUAUCAAAGCUACUAAUAGUCAGGGGGAAAUGCAUCCGUAUACACAUAUUCUUGGUUUUUACAGAAUGACAUUACUUUUAAAACAGAAUAAUAUUACACCGAUAUUCGUGUUUGAUGGCAAAACAAGAAUAAAAGAGAAAAGUAAGGAAUUGAUAAGAAGAAAUUUAGCGAAAAAAGCUCAAGAAAUAUUAAAUUUUGAAAAAAUUAGGAAUGAAAGAUUAGAAAAAUGGAAAUCAGUUGUUAAUAAAAUGGAAAAAAAGAAAGAUAGUAGUAGUUCAGAAUAUAUAACAAUGGGUCUUAGUGAAGUUGUAGAGAAGACAAUUUCAUCGUCAAUGAUACAAUCUCUAGAUAAUGGUACUCACAUUCGUCUUAAUAUUCCACAGAAUAUUACAUCCUGCAAACAUCCUGAAACUUUGGCCGGUAAGAUCAUACAAGAUCUAAUGACAUUCAUUCAGUUAGAACAGAAUACAGAUUUUGUAGAUUCAUAUUUCGAAAAAUCGUGUGUUGAAGGAUCCGACAAAUUAAUCAAAGAGAUAAGAAGUUUAAAGGAUGAUAA